AUGUCUGGAGUCAGUAGUGAUCAGCUGCACAAAUCAACUUUAUCUGUCUAUUCGAACUUGAUGGAGCACUUCAACCCAGGCCUUCAGAAGCUCGUUGCUCUUGGAAACAGCUACAUCAAGGCCUUUCAAGCCUUAGGCGUUUGCAGUGAGGCCUAUUUCAGCGCUGUGGCUAAGAUGGGCGACCAGGCACUUCACACACUUUCAUCUCGCUCCCUUGGGGAUGUCCUGAUCCAGAUUUCAGAAACACAGAGGAGGCUCACUGCAGAGAUGGAGGGAGUGUUUCGAUGGUUCCAGAUAGAAGUGUUGCAAGCAAUGGAGAAGAAUAUCAAGUUGGACGAGGAGUAUAUUGAUGGCAGUCGCAGAGUGUACGAGCUGGAAGUAAGAAACCAAGCGGAGGCUUUGGAGAAGCAGCUCAGACGGGGAACCUACAGAGACUCUCUGGAGAACAGUGAAUACAUGCUGUACCUGCGGCAGAGCCAUCAGGAGAUCUUAAAGGAGGAGGAGAGGAGGUAUCGCUUCUUGGCAGAGAAACACUGUGGCCUCACUCAGUCACUGCUGUUCCUAAUUAACAAGACUGGUGCAUCUCUCCAGCAGAAGGCAGACGGAUGGAAAGAGAAAGUGAAUGACACCAGAGUCUCCAGAUCUCGAACACCCACCCAUUCAGACCAAGAGGCACAGCUGCGAGGUUCAGUGAGCUCCCUGCUGCAGACGGUAGCCAGAGAUGAGGAUAUGUCCUGGGCCAGGCGGGAGCAGCACGCACUGGGCAGAGUCCCUUCUAGAGCACCGUCUCCCCUCCCCAGCCGCUCUCGCUCCAGUUCAGUGGGGGAAUCUUUAGGCCUGGGAGGAGGGAGAGUCAUGAGAGCGCUGGUUUCUCAUCCCUCCUCAUCCAACCCAAAGCUCCUGCCUUUCAACAGGGGCGAGACUGUCAUCGUCCUGGUCCAGGAGCCACGCAACGGGUGGCUGUAUGGGCGCACUGACAGCAGCCUGCGUCAGGGCUGGUUCCCUGCUGCGUACGUGGCCCCUAUUGAGGAUUUCUCCAAUAAUUUAGCAACAAGUUCUCUAAGAAGUCACAGUAUGAACAAUCUGAAUGACAGUGACACCUACGCCGACCAGUCAGAGAGCAAGAGUUACGGAGACGUCCCACCCCCGGCCACACCCAAUCGUAGAGCCUCCGUGGACUUCAGGCCUAUCUCUCCACUCCCUGAGAAGAAGGGAGAAGAGGCAUUGGAGACGAAGCCGAGUCAAACAAGGAGCUACAAUGAACAUCCACUUCCUCCCCCACCGCCUCCCCCUCCACCAAUUCAGAGUGCAAGGAGGAGUUCAGGAGAUUUUCGGCCCAUUUCUCCCCUACCUGACAGAAAGGGUGGAUCAGCAUCUGACGUCCAGGCAUUAUCACCACAUGGACCCCCUGAAAACCCACUGUUUCCCAGAGGCACAAACCCAUUCGCCACGGUAAAGCUUCGUCCCACGACGACCAAUGACAGAUCUGCUCCUCAGAUCCAUUAA